AGGCAGCAGCAGCCCAGAGGACGUCCUCACUCAUCUGAGACAGAAUCUGUGCGAGCUGCAAACACACAGCAGCGCAGGUGGAGGCUCUGAGUGCAAACUCUGUCCCAUGGACUGGCUGUCACACAGAGGAAAGUGCUACUGGUUCUCUAAAGGGAAUAAGGACUGGAAUGGGAGCCGUGAUGACUGUCCAAGGAAGAGGUCUCACAUCCCGGUGAUCCAGGACCAGGAUGAGAUGGAGUUCAUACAGAACGUCACACAAGGGAAAUAUCCCGUUUGGAUUGGGCUUAAUGUUACAUCCCCAGAGGAGAAAUGGACCUGGGUGGAUGGCUCCAUCUUAAACCAAAAUCUGUUUCCAGUAUCUGGUCCAGCUGUGAGAAACAGCUGUGGGGUGAUAAAGGGGAAUCAGCUGCGUUCGGAAAUGUGCAGCGCUGAAUUUAAGUGGAUUUGUCAGAAAGAAGCCGUUAUGAUCUAAGCAGUGACGGUAGGGGGGCGGUAUCCUUAGAAAUAACAGAUUCCCAGAUAGAAAGGCCAUUCCGAUUGUCUACUCUGACCUCCUGCAUAACAAAGGCCAGCGAAUGUCACUCAGUAAAAAGCUGAUGGGAGAAAGCCACAUGCUCCUCCUAGUUAGGGUGACCAGAUGUCCUGAUUUUAUAGGGACAGUCCCACUAUUUGGGGCCUUUUCUUAUAUAGGCUCCUAUUACCCCCCACCC